GUUGUCAAAAACAUCUGUUUCAAAAUUUUGAAACUCCCAGAAAAAGGAUAGGGAUUAUUGCACAAUGUGAUUAAAUAAAUUAUUUAGUGGAUUUUCAAGGGAACUAUUUUAGAUGUAAUUAGUUUCAUGUGAUUCUGUGGUACUUAUUAGUUAUUUUACAUUAGAAAAAUAUACAAAAGCUAAUAGUUAAUGAUGACGUCGAAAACGGAAUAUAAACCUAGAAAUGUGAAGAUUUUCGACUUGGAUGAGUUUGAGAAAUUACUGAAAGAUGUCAAAGUGCCCGCCUGCAUGAUCACCGAGGCACCCGUUGUUGUGGAUGAACAGAGUGUGAUAAAACGAGUGAGUGCGUUGACACUUGGAGGCUUCACUGGCGGGGAGCAAUGCUCGUGCUGUGGUGCAGGUCCCUUUGAGUCCCGCGCGCAGCAGACUGCCCACUACAAGCAUCACUGGCAUGCACACAACCUCAAGAGAAGGCUGUUCGGGAAGAGCCCGCUGACGCUGUCCCAGUUCAAUAGUAGACAAGAUGACAACUCCAGUGUAUCAGGCAGUGACUCGGAGUCUGAGGAUGUGACCGCCAGCAGCCCGGGAAGUGAUCUGUUCGCGGCUGCUACAAGACAUUGCAAAGCAUUCUUCACCAAUGCUGCUGGCCAGGUCUUCUGCAUCUACAGAUGUGUGCUGCAUCAUAGAAAAGAAGACCUGUCAACCGACGGCGAAGGCAAAGUCUGGAUCGAGCGGUGCCGGCGCAUCGCCCUCCCUGGGGCUCAACGCUGGGCGGUCCUCAUGGUCUCCGGAGGCCACUUCGCCGGGGCCGUGUUCUCAGGCUCCGUCCCUGUGCUUCACAAGACGCAACACUCGUAUGUGGUGCGGAGGGGGCAGGGGCAGGCGCAGGGGGCGAGGGACCAGCAGGGAAACGCGCCUAAGUCGGCUGGUGCUAGUUUGCGGAGGUAUAAUAUGGCGCAGUUUGUUCAGCAUGUCCACGAUAUCCUUAACUCUUGGACGGAAGACCUCAACGGCUGCUCGCUAGUUCUGUAUCGCGCUGUCGGCCCUGGCAAUCAGAUGGCGCUGUUCGGCAAGGGCUCCCCGCUGAGCCGCGAGGACGCGCGCGUGCGGGCGCUCCCGUUCCCGACGCGCAAGCCCACCUACAGGGAGGUGCGGCGCGCGCACGACACCGUCGCCAACAUCGAGGUCUAUGACUCGAUGGAGCUAUUUCAGAAGGCAGUGGUGGCGUCAGGCAAGCCCGCGCCUGACUCAAGUGGAGACCGCUCUAGGAAGAAACCGAGCCCUAAUAAACCAGUGCUGAACCGCGCUAAGUCCAGGGAACCAAUAGCGCGUGAGCUCCCUACCCUAGUGACUUCAAGCGAGGAUGAAGGACCUUGCUUCAUAGACUCAGAGACCCCCGUAGACUGGAUCAAAACACUCUCAGAGCAAACUAGCAACGGCCUUAUAACAGCCUCGAGAAAAGACCUAAUAAACAAUGACCUUUCAAUCGCCAGCCCAGAAAGUUCGGAAACCGAAAGCGAAAUAGUUCCCGAACAGAAAGCGCUGGCCACUAAGAAGAAGAAGAAAAAGAAACAAGAUAAGGCCGACGUGGCGAAGAAGGAAAAAGGUUCGGCGCCCAAGGUUGCGCCUGUCAAAAUUCCAGCCAGUGUUAAGAAGAUGUGGAAGGUGAUAUCAGGCAACGAGCUCCACUCGCUCGAGACAAUCUUCGAGGGCUGGGAGCCGACAGCUGUGUCGGUAACAGACGCGUGCAACACCGCCGACCCUGUUGACGGGAACACCGCGCUACAUAAAGCCGCCAUUGCUGACAAACCGGAUAUGGUCAAACAGAUCCUGCAAGCGGGCGGCGACCCGUGCGCACGCAACCUCGCGCUGCAGACGCCCUACGCCGCCGCCCAGCAGCAGACCAGGCUCGCCUUCAGACUGUUCCAGGCGGAGCAUCCCGAUAGAUACAACUAUGCUAAGGCGCACAUCCCAGGUCCCUUGACGCCUGAACUGCUAGAACAAGAGAUAGAGAAGAAAGCUGCCCAGAAGAGAGCGAAGCGGCAGAAGGACAAAGAGAAACAAGCAGAGAAGAUUAGAGCUAGCAAGUUUUUGGCGAUGAAAGAUUCCGAAAAGAUGCAAUCGCAAGAGCUGCGUUGCUUCCUCUGCGGAGUCAGUCUGCCGAAGACUCCGUUCCAAUAUGACGUGUACCGAUUCUGCUCCAUCAAGUGCCUUCAGAACCACCGGAACCUCAGACCCUUGAAUAUGCCCCCGUGAUUUAUGUAUAUUAAGUAGGUGUUUGUUUAUACGAGAAAUGUAUUGAGAUUGAGGAAAGUUGCUUAGGAUAGUGAUUGGAAUGAAACUAAAUUUAUGGUAUAAAAGUUGCGUAAAUGUGCUCAAAUUAUGGUUCUAGCUUUUCGCCGAAAGCUUCAUUAUUUAUAUUUAUUUAGAGUAACGUAGUAGGUCAUCUACCUAGUGAAGAACUCGCGAGAAAGUUCCACCGACAAAAUGCUGACACCAAAUAAAACAUUUAAUUUAAAAUUUGACGCCAAUAUAAAUGUUUUCGUCGGUAUUCUGAUGCGCUGAUAUUGCAGUGCUAACUAUUUCACUGGAUUUUUUUAAUUGUUUGCGAAUGUUGUUAUAAUUGGAAAGAUUGACGGACACCCAUAUAGGUUUUCGAUAUGAUAAAAAGCUAAAUUGGUCGCAGUUGCCAUUUAAAUAUUUAGAGAUAUGCCUCUUUCAUUUCAAAUUAGCAAAUGUCGGAAAACACUUAUCUAUAGAAUGCGUAGCUAUCCGAAGCGAUGGUUAAGCUUAAAAUUAGAGCUGUCAAAAAACUCCAAACCAAAAAAUACGCACUGAAAAAUUAUAAUAUUCAAUCAGAGAAGCGUUUUUCAAUAAACUAUUUUAGGUUUUACAACAAAAUUGAAUGGAUUAUUGUUACUAGCCGUUUUUGAGUCGACUCAGUCCGUUUUUAAUUUAAUAAUUAAAAAUAUAAGUACUUGAUUAUUAUUGAUUAAAGGUAAGUAUCUAGUCCAUUUGUAUAAUGUAUUUUUUCUUACUUGUCGUAGAUUUUGAGCAAUCUUUGAGUGUCUUUUUAUUUGAAUUAAUUUAAAAACUAACUUAUAAAUUAAAACUUAAUGACAAAUGAAAUACUCACAAGCAAAUAUAAUUGAUUUCGUAAUUGAACCAUUUAUUUUGGCCGUAGUUUAUUUGUUUAUUAGUCUUUUAAUUAAAAAGACACACAAAUAUUGUUUACCUUUUUCGCCAAAUAAGAAUGAAUACAGUUUUUUAUAUACAUGGAGUGUCUCUCAUGUACCAUUUAUAUUUCAUAUCAUUUCUCGUGUGAACCGAUCAUUCUUCACUUUCAACCUCGGGUGUCAAUA